CCUCAUCCAAUCGGAGGAGAGAAACCAACAACUCACUUCCUGUCCUUCACACGACACAUGUUUGCUAGCAGCUAGCUGUGGUGACAACCCGAAAAGUGGCAAUAAACGCCACCGAAGAUGGUCUACCUGAGUAGGAUUUGCCUCCGGAAGUAUGGAAACUUUGUGGACAACCUCCGUCUGUACGUCCGUGGAGGCAGUGGCGGCAUGGGCUUACCCCGCCUUGGGGGGCAAGGAGGGAAAGGGGGAGAUGUUUGGGUGGUGGCGACGAAUAACAUGACCCUGCAGAGGAUCAAGGACAAAUACCCACAGAAGCGUUUUGUCGCUGGGGUCGGAGCCAACAGCAGCAUCCGAGCUCUGAAAGGAGAGGGAGGGAAGAACGUGGAGGUGUUGGCUCCUGUCGGUAUCACUGUCACCACUGAUGAUGGCAGAAAAAUUGGUGACCUGAACGCUGAAGGCGACCGUGUGUUGGUGGCUAGUGGUGGCUCUGGGGGAUCUUUUUACUCUGGGUUUGAGCCCGGUAAAAGCCAAGCUAAACACAUCCGGUUGGACCUCAAACUGAUUGCUGACCUGGGCCUUGUGGGGUUUCCAAACGCAGGAAAGUCAUCUCUCCUGACAGCUUUGUCGAACGCCACACCUGAGAUUGCCAGCUAUGCUUUCACAACGUUGAAGCCACAGAUUGGCAAACUGAUUUAUCCAGAUUACAAGCAGAUCUCUGUUGCUGAUCUCCCGGGGUUGAUUGAAGGAGCUCACAUGAACAAAGGCAUGGGCCACAAGUUCCUAAAACACGUGGAGAGGACCAAGCAGCUGUUAUUUGUGGUAGACGUUUGCGGUUUCCAGCUGGCAAGCAAAACUCCAUUUCGGUCGGCCUUUGAAGCUGUGCAACUUCUCACUAAGGAGUUGGAGUUGUAUAAAGAGGAGCUGAUGUCCAAGCCUGCAUUACUGGUGGUGAAUAAAAUGGAUCUGCCUGACGCGGAGGACAAACUAGCGGAGCUGAAGGAGCAACUACAAAACCCAGACAAGUUUUGUAAUCUGCUGCCUGAUGACAUGAUACCCAAGAACUACAUGACCUUCAGACACGUCGUUCCCGUUUCCGCCCUCACUGGGUUUGGUGUCAGCGAUCUGAAAAGCUACAUCCGACAGUCCCUCGAUGAAGACGCGGUCACGGAAAAUAAAACCUUCCAUCGAGAAAAGCUGCAAGCGCUGAGGCAACAGUUGGGAGGCGUUUGUGAGAAACAAGGGCAGCGUAUCCCUCGUGCUUCGGUCAGACCUUAAGUGCACGACGACGAGUCUCACUCUGUCUGCUGACAAAGUGCGCAGCAAAGGAACUGUGAGGGAUUACAGGAAAACGUCAUCCAGUCACAACAGAAAGUAUCGAGCUUCGGUCCAGAUCGGUCUGCAGAAGGAUGGACUUUAAGCUUUUUGUCACACGCAGUUUGACGACGCUCCAUGUGUUCAGGAGGUGAACUGCGCUUUUUUAUAAGACUGAUAAAACUAUUUGAACACCAAACUGAUUCACAUACCUACGACAUGUUUUGCUAUUCCUUUUCAUUGUGAGAGUCAGAAUGAACUGCUAUUUAUUUUCAAGAGUGUGUGUAUUUACACCUUGGUGUAAAACCUGCUGUUAUAAACGUUAUAGAAGAUA